AUGGACUCCUAUAGUGUAAUUGGUAUUGGCAAUGCGACACCUUCGUCAACCUCACUUUCCUCGCAGUCCUCAUGGCUAUCAUCCACUCUAUUCUCAUCUUUCAAUUUCUUUUUGAAACCCUACGGCACCGCCUUCACCUAUCUCGGGCUCGGCAGAUGUCUCUUCCUCGCCCUCAUCCUAUCCAUACUUGAAAUCGUUAGUCUCCUGGCAAUCACCACCCGGUAUCUAGGAACCGAGUUCCUCUCUAACCUCCCAUUCACAAGCGCCGUAGGUGUAGCACUCAGAACCCACGUGCCCUUCGGAGCCGCCAAGAUUCGCAACCACAGUUCUACCCCCAACUUGGCCAAUUCUCAACUUAUAGAAUUCUCAAUCUUCGUUUCUGUUUGGAUGGAUGGUGCUUGCAAUUACGGUGCUCUGAGCGAUCAUCUGAUGGGAAAAUGCGCUAGGGUUAUGAGGGGUGAUGAUAGGCCCGCUGUUCAGGGACCAGGAGGAAAUUCGAUGAUUGAGAUUAUUCCUAUAAGAUGGCGUGCCAUUUUAUUAACAGGAAAUCAAUCUGUGUUGUGUGUUAAAUGGAUCGCAAAAGAGCAGCUUUCCUAUGCAACAUGGUAUGCAGGAGGAUUGUAUGUCGAUAGUAAAUGGAUGGCCCAAGGACUGUGGACUAGUGCCAGGUGGUCAGUAGAAAGCAUACUUCGAGGUACCCAGUGGCUUGCUGCUAGAAUCAUUGAAGGCUACCAAAAUAUGGUAGCAAUUGGUUACAGGAUUGCAGGAGUUCUUUCCAACUGGGGCACAUGCAUAUCCCAAACAGCAAUUGCAAUCUACCAGUACAUGGCAGCAAGUGUCUGCUGGAUCGCAGGCAUUCUCUUCAACUGUGGCACAUGUAUAUCCCGAAAAACAAUUGCAAUCAUGGUGUACAUCAUAGCAAUUGUCUCCUGGAUCUCAAGAUUUCCUCUUACAAUGGGCACAUGGGUAUCAGCAAAAAUCCUUGCAGUUUGCCAGUAUAUUAUAGCAAAUCGUGGCCAAAUCGCCAAAUAUUUGCUGCAAUUUUGCCUUUGGGUGUCCAAAGGUAUACUUACAGUUUUUUGGAAGACGGUAGUAUGGGUUCUUAAGUGCAUUGUGAGAAUUCUGUGCUUCAUUCCCAGGACACUGUUUGAAAUGCUUUCUAAGAUUUUUAAUGUAUUUUUUGAUCCACCGGUAGAUGAAGAAGAGGAACCUAAGAUAAUCGAAAGCAGACAGGCAAGAAGAAAGAGAGAAAGAAAAGAGGCAAGGGCGCGGGAAAGGCAAACUUCUGGUUAA